CGCAAAGUGAACGCACCCACAUCUGACGUACAUUUAUCCACAGUGACUGACUGGAAGCUUAAGCUUCCCCACCCAUAGAGAAACCUUCCUGGUUCUUUCUGAUCCAAAAAGUCCAAAGAAUUGCUCUGUUUAAAGGCCUUGCCGAGCUCUAGUGGCCAUAAUAAAAGAUGAGUUAUCCAGGUUAUCCUCCUCAGUCCGGUGGUUAUCCUCCUCAGGCCGGUGGCUACCCUCCACAGGGUGGUGGAUAUCCUCCCCAGGCAGGAAUGUAUCCUCCUGCUGCAGGAGGGUAUCCUCCUCAAGCAGGAGGUUAUCCUCCUCAAGCAGGGGGAUACCCGCCCCAGCCCAGUGCUUACCCAGGCCAGCCAGGUGCCUUUCCUACCCUUCCUCCAGGUGGAUGGGGAGCUCCUGGUGCUCCAGGAAUGCCUGGAUUUAAUGCAAGCAAUCUACCUGCAAUGGCAAACAACAUCUCUACUGCCUUGGGUGGAUUUAGUUUAAAUCCAUCCAUGUACCCUCAAGUACCUUCUGAGGGUCCUGCAUCCUACCCUAACCAACAGCCCUUUGGCCUAUCCCCUCAGGGAGGAGGAUCCAUGCCUCAGGCCCCAGGGAUGGGCUAUCCAGGAGGGCCAGCUCCAGGUCAGCCUAUGCCAGGCUACCCACAAGCCCCUUCACCGAAUCCCCCAAUGCCAGGCUAUCCACAAGCCCCAGCAGCCAAUCCAUCCAUGCCAGGCUAUCCACAAGCCCCAGCAGCCAAUCCAUCCAUGCCAGGCUACCCACAAGGUCCAUCACUGACUCCGUCUGUACCUAAUUAUCCCAAUGUGCCUGCUACCAAUCCGUCCAUGCCCACAUAUGGAGGAGGAGCUCCAAUUGCUCCUGCUAUUAAUCGUGGGUUUAGAGGAACCAUCCCAGAUUUUCCUGGAGCAGACCCAUUAAAAGAUGUAGAGGUUCUCAGGAAAGCAAUGAAAGGCUUUGGUACCGAUGAACAGGCUAUAAUUAAUCUUCUUGGAAGUCGUUCCUGCAGGCAGCGUGUGCCUCUGCUGGUUACAUACAAGACUGCCUAUGGGAAGGACUUGGUUAAGGAUCUGAAGUCUGAACUUUCUGGAAACUUUGAGAAACUGGUUUUGGCCAUGUUGAAGACUCCUGCUCAGUUUGAUGCAUCUGAGCUAAGAGAGGCCAUCAAGGGAGCAGGGACUGAUGAGGCCUGUCUGAUCGAGAUCCUGUCCUCUCGCACCAAUAAUGAAAUCAGAGAAAUCAAUCAAAUCUACAAAGCUGAAAACAAGAAAUCACUGGAGGAUGCGAUUAGUGGCGAUACAUCAGGGCACUUUCGCAGGCUGCUCAUCUCUCUUGCUCAGGGCAAUCGUGAUGAAAGAGAGACUGUGGAUAUCUCAUUAGCCAAACAAGAUGCUCAGACUCUCUAUCAGGCUGGGGAAAAUAAACUGGGCACAGAUGAGUCCAAGUUUAACGCCAUUCUUUGUGCUCGAAGCAAAUCUCACCUCAGAGCAGUGUUCCAGGAAUACCAGCACAUGUGUGGCCGAAGCAUUGAAAAGAGUAUUGAGACGGAGAUGUCUGGAGAUCUGGAGGGUGGCAUGUUGGCUGUUGUGAAGUGUAUUAAAGACACAUCAGCCUAUUUUGCUGAAAGACUCCACAAAGCCAUGAAGGGAUUAGGAACCAAAGACCGCACCCUUAUCCGCAUUAUGGUGUCUCGCUCUGAGAUUGAUCUGUUGGACAUCCGCCAGGCAUACCUGAAGAUGUAUGGCAAGUCUCUCUACACUGACAUUUCUGGAGACACUUCUGGGGAUUACAAGAAAUUGCUGUUGAAGCUUUGUGGUGGAAGUGAUUAGGAUGAUGCAGCCUUGCCACAUUAAAGAAGAUUAAAAAAAAUGUGCCAUGCGAUGUUCAUACAAAAUAUAUAAAUAUACUCUGAAAAUGCUUUUAUCUACAAUUGCAUGUUGUUGCCAUAAUUAUAUCAAUGCACUUAUGCCAGAAUUUCAUGUACAACAUUUCUGUGCUGUAUUCUAUAGGAAUCUUUUAUUUUAUAUAAAGCAGCCCAUAUUUUUUCUUUAUUUGGGCCAUUUUAUGCUGAGUAUAUAAUGCCAUAAGAAAUAGGUUGUGUUAUGCAUCUUAAAAAGUGCUGUUAUUGAGUCAUAUAUUUUGAGGGGGGCUGGAUGGUGCUGUAAAUGAAAAGUUUAUUUAGCGUUAUGAAUGAGAUAAGGGGUGAGUACUGGUCCCAUUUUUCUAUUUUGAUACAAUAAAAAAAUCAAGGUGCUAAUACCCAUUACCGAUCCAAAUACAUUUUCUCCUCAGAAAUGAGUGACUCUCUGCAAGUUUCUAUUUCCAGUCAUAUGAUAUAACACAGGGGUAAUAAAAAUGUGAACUGUGGUUUACGUGCACAAUCUGUCAUGUCAGUCAUUACAUACUUUUAUGGUGUGAAAUGUCAUUGGAUUAAAGACGAAAACAUAUCAAGCUGAAUCUGAGUCAAUAUCAGUGUUUCAAAACAAUAUAAUAUUAUUUAUAUUAUUAUCAUAUUAUGAUAUAAGCCAUUCUACCAACAUUCCAUAUCGUAUGAGUGCAUCCAUAUUGAAUGAUUUAAAGAGAUUCAUACUAUUAGCUAAAUACCACAUUAUUUUUAUUCUGUUGUCAGCCAUGUUAAGGAAUCAGGAAUUGCAGAAACAACACCAAUUACUAGAAAGGGUCAGAAGAAACAGCCUCUUUUGUGGCCUGCAGUUACUCUAAUUCUUAGUUGCGUUACGCUAUACUCUGGGAUAUAGGUCCAUAGUAAUAUAUGGAAGUGUGCACAUUUUAUCAUGGAUUAGAAAGAUACUGUAUGUGAUAUACUGCAUUUUGUGGAUAACAUUUUUACAUGAGCGAUUAUGUUCUUUGUUGUACAAUCAAUUCACCCUUUGUUGCAAAAUAAAAUAAAAAGUGGCAUCAUGCUUA